AUGGGGAGGUGGCAAUUGGUGGGCACUUUCGAUUCAACUUUUCCCCCUUAUACGAAAAGGAAAAAGGAAAAAAAUGAGAGGGGAAAGCCCCCAAAUGCCACAAGAAGGAGGGUGCGCUCCGCUGGACCACCGCGCACGUGGGCGGCGGCGGCGGCGGCCCGCACCAAGGCUAAGAUGCUGGCCGCGGGAGCGACCCCGCCGCCGCCACCUGCACCGCCACCGCCGCCGCCUGGGUCUGCCCACAGCCCGGUCCCGGGCGGCGGCGGCGGCGGCCCGGUUGCGGAGCGAACGCGGCCGCCACCGCCCCGGGAGGAGGUGAAGCAGCGAAGGAGCAAGCGCGGGCGCAGGAGACCGCGGACAGGCGGCGCCCGGCGACUCCAGCCGCUGCCCCGCGCGUUGGCUUGUCAUCCGCGGGCUCGCGGGCGGCGCCGACCCCCUCCCGUGACGUCACGGCCCCCGCCGCCGCUCCCCGCCCGCGCCCCCGCCGCCCGGGCCCCGCGCCCCAUUGGCCGCUGCGUGCCAGCGAGCGACGCCGGCGUGCCGGGAGCCAAUGGGCGCGCGCCUGGCCAGCCCGGAGAUGGGGAGAGGCCAGAGGGGGCCCUGGAGAAGGGAACCCCUGGGCGGGACGCGGGGACGCAGUACCCCAACCUUAGAUGUGCCCGUGCUAAGUGUUGGAGGGUGAGUGGAGAGGCCGCGAAGGGCAAAAAGAUCCCGCGGCUCCCAGUGGCCUGCAGCGCGGCCACGCUCGCACGGAGCCGGUGCACUCCAGCUCGGUCCAGCCAGGUAGCAGAUCCUGCAGAGGCGCAGAACCGGGGCUACAUCCUUGACCCCCUGUCGGGGAGGACCGGGCCUUUGGCUCCGAAUCUCGCUUUGUCUCCAGCCAGAGCCUGUGCUGGCAGAAAUGCCGGGCCAAGCACUUUCUCACGAGCCGGGAUAAACCCCGGCCGAGGCCUUCUCCAGCUGCGAGCAGCUGCGGUUCCCCGCGGUGUCCGGCUGCUGUGGGACCCCGGGAACCCGGUGGCCAGUCCAGCCUGCGCCCCCGCCGCUCCUCCCUCCGUGCUUCCGUGCCCUCCCCACUGUGGCAGGCCGCGUUUUGGGAAAGGAAACAGUCACCGCGGAUCCAUUUGGGACCUGGAGCGCGACUGUGACGCCGCCGCCUUGUUGGAGGGUAUCAACUUGCGUUCUUUUUUCCAGGAUGUCUCCAACCUGUCUCUUGUUGAAUGUCAGAGUAAUGGGAAGCGCCAGUGA